AUGAAUGUGUCGAUUGUCGAGUCUGCUGCAUCCGCAGCAUCGAGAAAGUCGCUGGAAUUUGCUAUAAACCACGUAUUUCUCCCACCGAGGACCCCUCUGGAAGAUGAUGUGAGCAUCCCCGACGAGCACACGCUCAUAAGUGUCUUCCUUGAAUCGAUCAAACAAUUUGCGAAGGACAAUCCUCUCGCGGGGUGUGACCGGCUCGGACCGACCAUCCGAAUGAUCGAGCGGUUGCUCAAGGUAAAGCCUGGACUGGAUGAGAAUGCGAAGGAGGCUCUCUUGCGACGGGUGAUUCUUGAGCUAGAUGAGGGCGAAUACGUCUUGCUUCACAUGCGAGCUCAGAAUGCUGGCCUGCUUCUCACGGGCCGUCGAGACGACAUCUUGGUCGAGGCUUUCGAACUUCUAGCACCCAACGAGGACGUCAUGUCAUGCGAGGGCCGCCUCGUCCGGCAUUUCCCAGACUGCGCUGCUGCUAUGCGCAGGGCGAUGCUGCAUGACUCUGAUUUUCUCAACGAGUUCACCAACGUGCUUCGUCAGCUGGAGCUCCAGGCGUCCUCCGUCAGUCUUCCCAAAUCUUCAAAAUCUGGGGCGAAACACGACGAGGAGCGCGACACCAACUCCCCAUUUCUCGUCACUGACAUGCUGAUGGGCGUCCUUGCCGGACUCGAAGGCAGCCAAGGCGUUGAUCCUGUGCGGAUUUGCAAGAGAAGUCGGGAACAAGUGGCCUUCAAGAAAGCUCGUCUUCCCUUUCACAGGUCGUCGACAUGGCUGCUUCUGCGGGUUGCUCUACGCUUGGUGCUGGACCGAGGCAGGUCUGCAGAUACGGACGCAUCUCCUUACAAAGCUCUCGUCACUUUCCACCACGGUCGUCUUCUAGAGCAGGCUUGCCAGUGCGGGCUCGGCGCUGAUAUCAGGUUUACCAUGGGGGCCAAGAUAGUCCGUCGGAUCAGCAAGCUCGAUCCUCGACACAACGUUCCCUGGCUGCAGCGAACCCAGGAGAUCAUUACCGCGAACAGUGACGAAUUACAGCGGCAAUGGCAGAUGGUUCAGAAAGAACAUGUCACAAUCGAGGAGAGCCGUCUCAAGAACCUUUGCUUCCAAAGCGAUGCUACGCUUCGUUUGGCCAACUUGGAACAACAUCUUUUGUGGAUCCAAUCGCGAUCUAUGAACGCUCGGGACACAGCCGGACCCGGCGACGAAACAUCGUACUCUCGAUUGCCUUCGGACAUUCUACCCAGUUUUGGUCACUUCCCUGCCAUAGACCGGCAAGGUUUUGUUCUCAUCGAACUGGAGUCGUGGAUCGAGUCGAAUCUGUGCUCUUGGGUCGACAGCCGGUUGGAGCUCUACAACAGCAGGCCUGCCGAGGCGGAAGGGGAUCUCUCGAAGCUCCAAGACCUCAUGACUAUGUACCGUAACAGCGCCAGUGACGCCUACACUGGGAAUCCGGAGGCCCUGUCCGUGAUGUGCUUGACUAUCAUGGAUCUGUGGGUCGCUCUGGACAGAAUCGCCGGGAAGACCACGCCCUUGCUUCUGGAGUACGACCCAGGCUUCACCCCGGACUUCCUGCACGGCUUGAUCCUGCCAACUCGAACGCAGAUGGCCCGCCUACAGGCCGUUGAAUUCUACCUUGCGCGGAGGCGGCGAGCGGCCAGGAACGGAUAUCCCCACGCAUUUCAAGGGUGCGGGGACCAGACAUCGUUUGCAGUUCGCUACUUCGAUUCGUCCUCGGAGCACAGGGAUCUCUUGGACGUGAUCCAGGCUGAGGCAGAGCGCCUGGAGGCCGAGAAGCGUGAAGAAUGGCGCAACAAGCGGAAGCAGUACGAGCUUCUGUGCGCUGAAAGCCAUCGGUCUGAGCACGAGCGGAAAUGGGACGACUGGCUAAAUCGGCGGUCGCAAAUGGAUGGCUUGAGGAUCGACAUCUUUGAGCGGCCCUUGCCAGACAACCCAACGCUGUCCAAGGCCGUGGUGUUCGAGAUAAGCGUCCCCGAGCCGGUCGUUAUUUGGCGGAACGUAACCACGGACCUCUUUCUCGAUGUAGAAAGCCGACUCUGGCUGGCAGCACGCCAUUCCGGCUUACGUGCUCACACUACCAGUACGAGUCGCGUCCAGCUAGCGUCUGAGAUCAAGCCAUUUGUGGCAUCUCACUACUGCAGCAAGCACAUCAAUGCGGUCAACGAGGCGGAUGUCUGCAUCCGGCACGCGGUGGCGAAGUACGACUACUACGAAGCCGACACCCAACUAGUAUUGUACACAGAAGUGUUCCAGGAGCCCUGUGUUCCGGCCAAGUGUUCGUUCGCAGAGCAUCAGGCUGGGUCGCCCCUGGACGCGUGGACACGGUCGACGUCGCACACCUCCAAUGACGUGAUUGCAUCGCAGUCGACCUGCCCGCCGGCCAUGUCUCUUGACGAGUUCAGGGCAUUUGGCCACCUCAGGUCCGGCGUGCGCUUGCAGUGGGCGAACGUGCUGUGCCAGCUGGAAAACCCGUCACUCAACUGGAACCGCGACUCGACGUUCUUCCUGGUCCUGCAGACGUGUCUCGAGGCAGGGCCUCCCAGCAGCAGCAGUGACGACUCGCCUCUCCGAGAGGCCCACAAGGACCUCCUGGACGAUCAGCUCGUGAGCCGCCUGCUCGAGGCGCUGACUCGGGCGCUUGAACGGUUCCGCGAGAACUGGCAGAACAAAAAUGCGGUCACUCUGUUGGCUUGUCUCGCAUCGCGCGUCUUGUCACUGAAAAAAGCGUCCGACACGCGCACUGGCUCAUUGCUGGCGUUCCUCUCCGAGAUCAGGAGCGUGGCGGUCCGUGACGCAAACGUGCGGCGGGAACUGGACGAGCGGGUGUUGAUGGCCGCGUUGAUUUGCAUGUCCACCUUCGACAUCGCUCGUGAACAUCUCGCGUCUGUCCUGACUGCUAUCAUCGCCCACGAUCACACGCCGGCUCCUACUAGCACCGACGAUGCGUCUAAUCCCAUCUUGGUCUUCCUCACACCGAUCGUCAAGGGAGAAGUCGUGAAGAAGGAUGGGAACCCGGGGAUCCAUGCAGCCAUUCGCCGGUUCUGGGCAGAUUACUCGCCGCCGGACUCUCGGUGGUCCGCGGGCAAACAGGAACACAUUUUGGAUGGUUGCAUGACCCGGGAAAAAGACAGUCCCGUCAAGAUCAGCCUCAACCUUCUUCACGGUCGUCUUCUCGAGUAUGAAUGCCAUCCAACCUACCAGCAACUCUUCGGGAACCAGAUCUUGGAGGUCAUGCCGUCGACCCGCAAGGGCAUGCAAUUUUCUGCCUGCCACGAGCAGCAGGGCUGGGUGGUGCAUUUUGCCAGGGUUGCCUCUGAGCUGGUGAUACAAGCCGUCUUGCAGCUUGACGACGACGACGACGCCGCCGAAACAGACUCGCGCAAAGAAUGCGAGUUCAUUCCUUCUUCAAAGCUUGGAAUCGAUGUGCCUGCGUCUUUCAAGAGGGACUAUUCGCAUUGGUUGGACCUUGCCACGCAAACCAUCGAAUUCCGAUCCGCAAGCGAGCCUUGGGCAUCCUCGCCGAAGAGCUGGUUUCUCGUCCAAGAGGGCGAACGCAGGGUGCUCUCGCGUGACGGGCGCUACCUGAUCGACCCCCAUAGCUCUACGGGGGAGGCAUUAGAAAACGUCGACAUUGUGUUCCACUCUGCCGACAGCAUGGUUGCCGUGGAUCUCCCAAGGUUUUCUCUCUCGUUCACCCUGGGGGAAGGCAAGUCCCACAUAACUUCCAAGCAUUAUUCCGGCAUGGGCAUCGACGAGUGCCAGAGCAUUGGCGCACUGGUGGGACUACAGAGCAAACUUGUUCUGCGAGAGGAAGGCGUCCCGGCCUGCUCUACACCGCGGAGGAUCGUUCUCGUGCCGAGGGGCCGGCUUUCGUGGAACAAGACGGCUGACCAUGUCAGUGUGAGCGUCGCCACUUCCGAGUUACUUCGCGUGAAGCAUGACGCCUUCACCGUUGGCUCGAUGCUCGGCCGGAUAUCAAGCAUGGGGGCGCUGUCCGGCAAAUUCUACCUGUGCCUCCUCCACGCGGUCACUUCCCACUGCCUUCCGGACCCGCUUACAUGCAGGACAGGGACAGAGGAAGCCCUGAGAAUCUUGAGCUCUGCGUCGGUCCGGUCUUUCCAACAGCUGGACGUGGAAUCUUACAACCUACUGCGCGAAAUAGCGAGCAUCUCUCCCCAGCGGAUCUACUAUCCUAAAGAGCUGAAGAGCAUGGAACAAGUGAUGUGGUCAGACAGCCUCCCAGUGUUGUCGCAGGCCGAGGCCUUUUUCCCAAUGGUUGAUUCCAUCGUUCAGCACGCAGAGGACUGCAAGCGGUUGCAGCAAAACACUAAUAGGGAGUCAGCCAAUCUCCCUAGUACUAGUAGUUUUGUGCCUUUCGACCAUAGUAGUAGCUCACCCUUGCUGGUCCGCCGGGCCAAGAUCAGAAAUGCCAUGUUCCGGGUCUCUGAGUUUGGCGCGGAAGAUCACACCACGGAGCUGGACCGUCCGUAUCCAGGACGACACGGCCACGGCCACGGCCGUGGCACACAACAAGGCGAGAAGCUGGAGAGGACCAGGCUCGUGACAAGGUGCAUCAUGUCCGGCCGCGCCAACCUCGUGGAGCGCCCGUCCGAUGAUGGAUUGCGCCAGGCCAUUCUCGGUAUCGCUGGCACCACGUUCCGUGGUUACGGUUUCGUUGGCGUCGACAUCACCUUCAAGCUCGAUUACCUCCAGCCGCACUCCCAUUCCCAGUCGCUGGCCGGUCUCUGGUUUGGGCUGCACCGGGACAUCCUACGAGAGCCGAAUAAGUACAAGAUCGCCUUCUUCCUCUCCGCCCUGAUGUAUGCCGAAGAGGCGAGCUGGGACGUCGUGCAGGCAUUGAUGGCCUUUGCCACCGACCGCUGCAGGUUCCACGCCAAGGUCACGCCGCCGACGGAGGAGCACUUCAAUUUGGCCUAUACAAAGUCGACGAUGCCGUGGCGUGCGAAGGAGAUUAUCGAGAGCUGUCUGAAAGGGUUUCAACAAUGCCCCGAGGCCAACAUGCCGCGGCUGUCUCACGAGGGGGAGAGCACGGCCGCUACUAGACGCCGCGAGGCCUGGAAAGCUCGGUCGACCCAACUGGCGAGCAUGUUCGCUUCGGAACUGGAAGGUCAGUGGAGGUGCAACUGGUGGAAAAGCCCGCCGUGCUGGACAGUGACCGAACCCACGGGUGACCAGUACGCCUCCUACACGGAUGUCGACGCAAUCAUGCUCGAGGUCAACAAGGCCCUGCUCCUCGUUCGGGGGACCGAAGCAUUCAACAAGUACUUGGACGACCUGAUCGGGGAGCUGAAUCGGAUGAGCCCGCUGUCGUGCGCGGACUUUGAGCAGCAGAAACGGACGCUCGACUCCCAUGACGGUCCCGUGGAGCCGGAGGAGGAACGAGUGUUGCGGCCGGGGUUCGUGAGAGCUAGUGCCCUGUUCUCCCGGCGCGCUCCGUCGACACAACGUCCUCAGCCGGCGGACUUCACCGAGCUCUACGACCGGGUGACGCAGACGGCCGGGGACAGCAGUCCGUUGGAUGUCCUUCUCAAUCGGCUUUCUGCGCUCUGCGGUCAGAAGCCGUAUCAGAUGGCGUACAUUGACGAACUCCGUUGCAGUUCCAGCAGCAUGGCCACCUUUCGCUACCAAUUAAGACAGGAACUUGGGGGUCUGAUGACCACUUUCGAGGACUACCUUCUCCAGUGCAAGCGGACGGCGGAGGAGAUACGCUGCAGCAUCCACGAGACACUCGCCGGAGAAUCUAUCAGCGACGGCUUGAGCCAGGCUGCCGCUCUGUAUCCUCGCAUUUCGCCGGUCUUCCUGCUCCAGCGUCUCACGCGCGGCUUUUGGGAGGACCUCCCGACGGACUGGCGCGUGUGUUUGGUCCACUACGGCCUGUCCCUGGCGUACCUGCAGCGGGCGGAACGGCUACUAGUCAAUGCCAGUAGACAUCCGGACCGAUCAGGGGAUCUUCUCAAGGAGAUACUCAACACGGGCAGCCACGCAUCCGAGGACGGCGAUCCCCUGAGCUUCCCGGAGAGCCUCGUCCUCGAGCUGGAGCAGGGCAUCCUCAUUCGUCCCGUACAGCGGGGGAUUGCCGCCAAGAUGCGAAGUCCGCCCGGGGGAAGCAACUCGGUCAUGCAGCUGAACAUGGGCGAGGGCAAGUCUUCCGUCAUUGUCCCCAUCGUGGCCGCCUCGCUCGCCGACGGCAGCCGUCUCGUCCGCGUUGUGGUGGCCAAGCCGCAGUCCAAGCAGAUGAUGCACACCCUCAUAGCCACGCUGGGCGGGCUGAUCAACCGUCGUGUCUUCCAUCUCCCAAUCUCGAGGGGAAGCCGUCUGGGCAGCGCCGAUGUCGAAGCUGUGCAACGGAUGCUCGACACCUGCAGGGAAGAGGGCGGCGUGCUUCUCGUGCAGCCGGAGCACCUCCUGUCCUUCAAGCUCAUGUGUCUCGAGAGCACGUGGGCCGACCGCUCGCGGAGUGAGCGUCUGGGGAAACAGAUCCUGGACGUUUACCGCAGGUUUGAGGACAUCUCCCGGGAUAUUGUGGACGAGAGCGACGAGAACUUUAGCGUCAAGAAUGAGCUUGUCUACACCAUGGGCUCCCAGCAACCCAUCGACAUGAGUCCUGAGCGCUGGACAAUCAUCCAAGAACUCAUGGACGUCGUACUAGAGGUCGCUAGGAGGCUGACAAGCGGCCCUGACGCAGGGACGGUGAGCGGACUGCUUUUGGAGGAGGAGGAUGGGACGAGUGGGCGGUUCCCUACGAUCCGGAUCUUGGAGGAAGCAGCGUCGAAGAGCCUGGUGAACGCCAUCGCCGAGCGUGUGUGCCACUCGGGGCUGCGAGGGUUCCCGAUCCAGUACCAGUCGAAGCACAUGCGGCAGGCGGUGCUGGAAUACAUCCUCCAACCGAACCCGACCCCCCAGCAGGUAGCCGCAGUCGAGAACGCCAGCAGCGGGUUCUUCAGCGAACAGGCCACGAAAAAUGCGCUUUUUUUGCUCCGAGGGCUGCUUGCAACCGGCGUGAUCAGCUUUGCGCUGGGCCAGAAGCGUUUCCGUGUGAACUACGGCCUAGCCGGCCCUGACCGAAUCCCGCCGACUAUGCUCGCCGUCCCCUACCGGGCGAAGGACUCGCCGGCGCCGCGCUCCGAGUUCAGCCACCCAGACGUCGUCAUCGUCUUGACAUGCCUCAGCUACUACUACCAGGGUCUGUCAGACAACGAACUGCGCACCAGCCUGGAAGCGCUGAGCAAGUCGGACCAGGCGGAGCAGGAGUACAGCAGAUGGGCCGCCGCCGCGUCUCCCCGGCUCCCCUCGUCCCUGCGUCACUUCUCGGGCGUCAACCUCGAGGACGACGUCCUCUGCAAGCAGAGCAUCUUCCCAGCCGUGCGCUACGCAAAGCCCGCCAUCGACUUCUACCUGGCCACGGCCGUGUUUCCGAGGGAGAUGCGCGAGUUUCCGUCCAAGCUCUCGGCAUCGGGAUGGGACCUCGGCAAGGGCAAAAGCACCGGUUUUAGCGGAACAAACGACUCCAAGUAUGUGCUCCCGCUUUCGGUGACGGCGCUCGACCUCCCCGAGCAGCGGCACACCAACUCGUCGGUAUUGGCCUGCCUCCUCCGGGACGAGAACAAGGUUCAGGAGCUCGGAGUCGGGGGCGGUGACGACCAAGCAUGCGGCCCCCAACAAGCGCUGACGGUCGACGCGGUGCUCGCGGCCGUGGCCACCACCACCACCACCUCCUCCUCCUCCUCCUCCUCCUCCUCCUCCUCCCAAGAACCGAUGCGUGUGAUUCUGGACGUGGGAGCCCAGAUCGUUGAGCUCAGUAACUUGCAGGUUGCAGAGCGCUGGCUGCAAUUGGUUCCAGCCGGGGAGGCGGACGCGGUGAUGUUCUUCAACGACCAAGACGAGCUGUCUGUGCUCACCCGCAACGGCAUUGUCGAGUCGCUCCUCGCCUCGCCCUUUGCAACCCAGACAGACCGCUGUCUGGUUUUCCUUGACCAGGCGCAUACCAGGGGUACCGACUUGAGGCUGCCCGACUCUUACCGCGCAGCGGCCACCCUCGGACCCGGGGUGACCAAAGAUACGCUCGUUCAAGCCUGCAUGCGAAUGCGAAAGCUCGGCCAGGGCCAGUCGGUCACCUUCUGCAUCUCAUCCGAGAUGAAAAAGCGAAUUCGGAAGCUUGCAAACGUCGAGGAGUCCCGAAAGCUCACCGUCAGCGAUGUCCUGGUGUCCGCCAUCGCUGAAAGCUGGGAGGAUGCCUACCGAAGCCUGCCCCUCUGGGCUACACAGGGAAUCCGCCACCAGUACCAGGAGAUCGUUUGGAGUAGGGUGGACAGAACGGGUGAACUUACAGUUGAGGAUGUGGAGGAGUACCUCGAGAACGAAGCCCAGACGCUCAAGCAGAGGUAUGACCCUCUGGCGGAGGCGAGCGGCGGCAACUCGCAGAGCGUCAGCGCCCGACUCCGCGCUGCGCUCAAGUUGGACGCCCGCCACGAACAGGUAACCAGAAUCAGGGACAAGUGCGUCGAGUUUGGGCUCGCCAACCUCGACGCCAUGGGCAACCUGCAGGAAGAGCAAGAGCGCGAGCUGGCCCCGGAGGCGGAGAGCGAGCGCCAGAUCCAGCGGCCGCCUCCCCAAGAGCCAGCCGUGCACCGUCUGCACGCCGACGUCCGCGCCUUCGCGCUCUCCGGCGUCUUCAACCCACAGAGUCCGGCCUUCCUCCCGGCCUUCCAAUCGCUGGAGACCACCAGCGCGGCCGCACUCUUCAAGUUGCCCCUGGCCAAUUUCCCCAGCGAGUUGCUCGUGACGGCCGACUUCGCGCGCACCGUCAGCGCCGAGUUCGACACCAGGGGAUCCUCUUACUCGGACGCCUACCAGCGACCCGUCCAGUGGCUGCUCACCCAGUCCAGCCCCGCCGCGCGGUACGGCAUGCACAUGGUGAUCGUCAGCCCGUGGGAAGCGAACGAGCUCAAGGGCCUUCUCCUUAGCAGUAGUAGUAGUACUAGUAGUACUGUUACCACUACCACCCAGGCAUCACCACGACCGCCACCAUCAUCAGGUGCUGCUGCUGUUGUUGGCCCAGUCCAGCUGCGCGCCUACCUCCCACGCGCCAGCCUCUCGUACCGUUCCAUGGAAGACCUGAACAUAUAUACAAUCCCGUCGAGGCAGUCUCCUGCUCCACCACGGGACCUGGUCCGCCAACUCAACCUCUUCUCUGGCCAGCUGUACCUGCGCUCUUACCAGGCCUACGUCCGUCUGUGUCGCUACCUGGGGCUGUCGUACAGACCCAACGCUGCGUGGGAUACCGACUUGCCGGCCGACGGGUUUGUGGGUCGGGCCGGGGGCGGAGAGGGAUAUGAGGAGUGCGGGUUCGAGGAGGCCAGUCCGAUGGCGUUCCUUAGGGUGUUGUUUAAGCGGGUGAGGAGGGACUGUGUCGUGGAUGGGCAGGUGGAGAGGACCCAUAUGGGGAGGGUGUUAGCGGGGGAGAUUUUGAGGGACGCUGACUUUGAGGUUAUUGGCAAUGAGGAGGAGGAGGAGGAGAAGGAGUGACCGGAUGAGCUGUGAGACGGGAUGUGUGUGGAUGUGACUGGGCAUUGCAACAUGUGUCGGAUACUUCGCAGUGGGCGCCUAAGGAGAACGGAGGAAGCUGACUUUGGGGCUUGGUUGUGCUUAUCUAGAGGAGGACGGUGCUUAAUGGCUUCUGGCGAUGGACACGGGUCUGAAUGGGCGCCGUUUUUCAAGUAACAUGCAUUACUUAAGUAGGC